GGUCGCUUCUGAAAAGAGCCACAUAGCUCAGUAGGGCCUUGGUAAAAUAAAAAAAUAUUUCGUUUUAUUUUAGUUUCAACCAGCAAAUUACUCAAUUGGGAUCACACAGAGGAGCAUCCCCCUCGACUGAGAACACUUGGCAGGACCCUGGUGAAAAAGAGACUCGGUGAGGCAUUCCUGCAGGGCCCUUCCCCCGCACCUCCGACGAGCACGAUUGGCUAUUGUACGGUGCGAAAGAAGUUGAACAUACGUGAACAAGUGCAGUAACAUUGUCAUCACUGCGACUGCUUUGCGUCGAAUUCUAUGAAGUGCAGUGAGGAAAGACAUGGGGGGCACUCCGCCCCAGGUAUUAGAGCGCCCCCGUGCCAAGAUCUGGGUCACAAUCUCUCGCUAUCGCGUCUGUGCGUGCGUGGUUCUGGUGUUGUUUAGUCAACAACGUGUGGAGCGCCGGGCGGCUACAAAGAGGAGAUACGCAUCGUUAUGGCAGGCGCGGCCAAGUCUCUAUUGCGCUUCCACGAGUGGCGCGGUAUUGAUUUUAUUGCCCCCGGAGGGAGGAAUGAUGGGCCGAGUCCACCUGCCCACCACAACCUAGGGUUUGAACUCACGACCUUCCGCUCGCCGCUCGCUCCACCGCCGAUCCGCCCGGGUCACGCGUAGGUUCACCGCGGUCGGUCCGUACGUGCGUGGGUUCACCGCGGGCGGUCCGUACGUGCGUGGGUCCAUCGCGCUCGGUCCGCACGGGGUGAACACCAGCUGACCCCCGCUGUCCCCAGGUGACUUCGCGUCGAGAGCCCGGCCGCCCUCCGUGAUCGCCACACCCCGACUCAAGUCCAGCGUUUCGGACUUUGUCCCCGCAAGCCGCCUCAUGUUGUUACUGCUGCUGCUAUCUGUGCUGUUAUCUGCUGGCCCGGUGCACGGGCCAGCUAAACACCGUCCGUGUUAAUAACCGGGCAGAGCGCUCCGUCUCGCUCCUUCCCACGUCCGCCCUCCACGUAAGUAAAGAAAAAAAAAACAAAGCAUUUUUUAUUUACAAGUCCAAUUGGACACGUGGUCUUCCUUCCCGCGAGUUCGUCAUAGCGCCAGCUUUAGUUGAAUUCGAGAAAAAUUCUGGACCCGUUUUGACUUUCGGUGUCUCAUCGGCAGGGUUGGGAUUGCUUCAACCGAUGCUGGAGAGCUGCCAGAUGUUUAUCGGCAAAGAUGUGUGGCCGAUGGGACGUGUGAAACAAACUCUGUCAUUCUUUUAUUUGGAGCGGAAAGGUGAAAGAUUUAAAUUGUCCGCCCAAUUAUUGCGCAACUGAUCAUUUCCGCAACUGCCACUAAACAUCCGGUCGUUCACCAGCAUCAGUUCGAGCAAGUCUGACUGCCGAUGAGACACUGCAAGUUGUGUUGAACCAACAGUUUAAGCAAAGCCUGACUCUUCUGAUGAGACACUGCAUGUCUGCAUGUCGUAACUGGGGAGGCCCGGGUGGCGGAUGGAAUGUGUGAAAGUAUAAAUACAUGAUUUUUGCGUAGAGGCACACGCAACGGAAGGUUCGUCAUCUCAAAGCGUUCUUUGCUCUGUUCGUCGCACAGUUUGCGGGCGGCGAGCGCCCUUUGCGUGCCGCGCCGUCGGCGACGGGGGCUGGCCAGCGGCUCUGGAGUUGUGUACGGCCCUCGUGGAGUCACCGUAACGGCGCGGCGCCGAUAAGGUGCCGUGCGUGCGGGUCGCGCACGCACGGCACCUGAUAACGUUUGUGGCGUCUUGAAGGUGAACCCGCGCGCGUGCGCACGUGAGUUGACGUGCAAAGUCCGUGUGAGUUUUAAGUUCACCUCGCUGGCGCCGGCCGGGCACGGGGCGCCGCCUGCACUCUGCGGAGGAGCGGCGCAGGAGGAGGACGGGACGCGUUGACCGCGGGAGACGCGCGCCGACAGGCACGGCACGCACGCGGCACGGACCGUGAGAGCAGGCGCACAGACUCCGGUUUGCCGGCUCUUCCCCAUGGCUCUCGGGGGAGUCCCGAACCCGGCCUACGAGCAGGAGGAGGAUGGGCGCCCUGCCGCGGAGGAGCCUGCGCCUGCCGAGGGCGGAGGUGGCCACCCCGGCCCGGAAGGCGAAGAAGCCGGGAGGAGGGGGAAGGAGGAGGAGGCUGGCGAGGGUCCGUGUGGGUGGUGGCGUGUGAGACCCUCUUGCCUGCAGGUCUGCAACAACCCCAAGGGCUACCUGCUGUUCUUCGGACUCAUGUGCACCUUGCAGGGCGCGGCGGUGAACGGGCUGGUGAACGUGAGCAUCACGACCAUCGAGCAGCGCUUCGACCUGCGCAGCUCGCUCACGGGGCUCGUGUCCGCGGGCUACGACAUCGCCUUCUGCGUCUGCACGCUGCCCGUCACCUUCCUGGGCGGCCGCGGGCACAAGCCGCGCUGGCUGGCGCUGGGCGCCGUCGUCAUGGGUGCCGGGUCGCUCGUGUUCGCGCUGCCGCACUUCACGGCCGGGCCCUACCGCCUCGGCGACCAACGGCUCGAGACGUGCUCAGCGACGCGCAACUCCUCGUGGUGCCCCGCGCCCGGGGGGGAGGGCGGCGGCGAUUCGGCCGCCGCCCCCCUCUCGGCGUACCUCUCCGUGUUCGUGCUGGGACAGCUGCUGCACGGCGCCGGCUGCACGCCGCUCUACACGCUCGGCACCGCCUUCAUGGACGAGAGCGUCACGCAAGCCCAGUCCUCGCUCUACAUCGGCAUCGCCUACGGGAUGUCUGCGCUGGGUCCGGCCAUCGGUUACGUCGCCGGAGGGCAGCUGCUCAACAUCUACAUUGACGUGGACAGGAGCGGCAAGGCCCCGCUGAGCCCCAACGACUCGCGCUGGCUCGGCGCCUGGUGGAUCGGCUUCAUCGUCGCGUGGCUCCUCUCCUGGGCCAUCGCCGUGCCGCUCUUCGCGUUCCCGCGCUCCCUGCCAGGCUCGGCGAGGCUGCGUGCCCGCUAUGUCUCCCAGGCACACCAGGACGGCAGCGAGGAGGUGACGGCACGCGCCGGCUUCGGCUCCGGCUGGCGCGACUUCCCCAUCGCCUUCAAGCUGCUGGUGAGGAACGCGGUGUUCAUGUGCGUGACGGUGGCCGGCUCCACCGAGGGCCUCGUGGUCGCUGGGUUCAUCACCUUCAUGCCCAAGUUCAUCGAGAACCAAUUCGGCCAAACGUCCUCCUUCGCAGCGCUGCUUGGAGGCUUGGUGAGCAUACCGGGAGCGGUGGUGGGUCAGGUCCUGGGGGGCCUCCUGGUCAGCAAGCUGCGCCUGUCGUGCCGGCGGACGCUGCUGCUGGCGUCUGGCUCCUCGUUGGCUUCGCUGGCGCUCUGCGCCGUCUUCUACUUCGCGAGCUGCGAGAACGCGGCCUUCGCCGGGGUCACGCAGCCCUACAACGGGUCUGGCGAGGCGCUGCUGAUAUUGGAGGCCGAGUGCAACGCGCCCUGCGGCUGCGAGCGUUCGCUCUUCGCGCCGGUCUGCACCGACGACGGCGUGCAGUUCUUCUCCGCCUGCUACGCGGGCUGCACCACCAGCAUCCCCCAGGGUUUUUCGAACUGCUCUUGUGUCGGGCUGGGAGGAGAAGGCCCCAGCGUGGGCCCCAGCGUGGAGCAGGGGAAGUGCAGCUCGACGUGCACCAACAUGCCUCUCUUCCUAGGCAUCUUCCUCCUCAUCAUCAUCUUCACCUUCGUCUCCAACACGCCCGCCAUCAACGUCACCCUGCGGUGUGUCCCGGCGAGCCAGCGCUCGUUUGCUCUGGGCGUGCAGUGGCUGUUCAUCCGCGCGCUGGGCACCAUCCCCGGGCCGAUCCUUUUUGGAGUGAUCAUCGACAAGACGUGCAUCCUGUGGAGCGAGAAGCCGUGCGGGGAGCGUGGCGCGUGCUGGACGUACGACAACCCCACCAUGUCACUGCUGCUGCUCGCCAUCGGUGCGUGCUGCAAAGUGGUGACCAUCGUCUUCUUCUUGGUGGCCUUCCUCGUGUACAAGGGGCCGGCGAAAACGCCCGCCCCGGUGGACGGCGCAGAUCCCCUGGACUCGUCGCACCUCCCGGACCCUGCGGCCAGCUCGCUGGACAGCGGCUACAGCGACGUCCCGUCGUGCAUCGAGAGCAAGCAGCUCUAGCGAGCGUCGUCGUCGUCAUCGGCCGUGGUCUGUCCGCUGCCGGAUGCGAUGUAUCGAGCAAGUUUACCGUAGCAGAUUGUGACGGGGACAGCUGCCACUGGGGGGGGAUCCUCUCGGCUACGCCGCAGCAGGGCAGUCGGAAUGGUCGAGAUGGGAUGUUGAGGCACGCUGCUGUGAGAUGACGAGGAUUUUAAGCCGGCACCACUAACGACCAAAGAUGUUGCGCCACCCCGCCCCACCCCGCCCCACCCCGCCCCAC